AUGAAGGCAGCAGUGAUCCUCCUGGCUUUCUUUUUCCUCCAUGUCGGCUCGUCAGUCCCUGUCAGCCGCCCCACAAACUGGCUCAGACAAUGUCGUGCCUCCACCAACCUCUCCAUCACAGCACUGGAGGUGCUGCCUGGAGGAGGCUGGGACAACCUUCGGAACAUGGAUAUGGGUCGAGUCAUGAACAUCAGCUACCUCCAGUGCCAGACCACUGAGGACGGGCUCUACCUCAUCCCAGAUGAGGUGUUUGUUAUCCCCCACAAGGAAACAGGAGUGGAGACCAGCUCAGAGAUUAUCAACUCCUGGCUGGAGCAGAAAAGCACAACAUCUCGAAGCAUAAAUGCAGACGUAUCAUUCCUCUCGCUGCUGAAUGGCAAAUAUUCUUCUGAGAACCAGAGGAUGAAAACCCACCAGGUCAAAGACUCUUCAACUACAGCUAGAGUUCAGGUUCGUAACUUCAUCUACACAGUUAAGGCUUAUCCAGACUUCAAUCUGGACUUCCGCUUUGCUCAGCAAGUCAAAGAGAUAGCUGAUGCCAUUGAGAACAACCAAACAAGGAAUGCAGCCUACCUCUCAGAGAAGAUGGUGCUGGACUAUGGAACCCAUGUUAUCACCAGCGUCGAUGCCGGGGCUACUUUGAUGCAAGAAGACUACCUCCGUUCUUCUUAUGUGUCAGACAGUGCGUCUGACAGUUCCACUGUCAAAGCACAGGCUGGCUUAAACUUUUUUGACAAACUCAAGUUUGACAUAAGCAGUCAAACUACCCAACAGAGCUCAUUACUUCAAAAGUAUCAGUCCAAUAUUCAGUAUUCCAUUAUUCAAAGCCAGGGAGGUGGUACACCUUUCUAUCCUGGCAUCACUCUGCAGAAGUGGCAGGAAAGCACCAGAAACAAUCUGGUUGCUAUUGAUCGGGCAGGAUUUCCCCUACACUACUUUAUAAACACCAACACCUUCCCUGACCUGCCACAGCCUACAGUUGGCAAAGUGGCAGUUACAGUGAUUCAAGCCGUAGAGCAGUACUACAAGGUCAACACCCGCCCUGGCUGUGUUGACAUCAACUCCAAGAACUUUAACUUCCAGGCCAACAUUGAUGAUUCAUCCUGUGAGGGCCCUGCCACAAACCUUAGUUUUGGGGGUGUCUACCAGCAGUGUAUUCCUAUCAGCCGAGAUGCAGGCCCCCUUUGUGAAGCCCUGGCCCAGAAAAACCUAGAUACUGGUGACUUCUCAUGUCGUCCACCAUACACCCCCACUUUACUGAGAUCAGAAGUGAGACAACAGGGUUACACCUUGUACCAAUGCCACGGAGAAAGCUAUGACUGUGGGUUUUUGGGGUUGUUCACUUGUCAUAAAUCAGUGUGUCAGGACAACUACUAUGUUCGCUCUGCUAAGAUCAACACCUACUGGUGCUCUGUAAAUGGAAAGGCUCCAGACAACUCAGGGUAUCUAUUUGGAGGCAUAUACAGCCCCUCUACUCUGAACCCCCUCACCAACACAAAAAGUUGCCCCUCAAACUUCAUUCCAGUGAAGUUUCUCUCAGAUGGCCAAAUAAUCUGUGUAAGCAAUGACUAUGAAACUGGCACUAGAUUCUCAGUGCCAUUCGGAGGACUCUUCAGCUGUGAGUCUAACAACCCACUGGCAGGGAAUCAACGUCGCUGCCCUCCCAAGUUCAGUCAGCACCUUGCUACAGUGAGCGAUGGCUGUGAAAUUCUUUACUGUGUCCAGUCAGGACUGUUCACAGGUGGAGAUCUGUUACCGAUCCAUCUUCCUCCUUUCACUAAACCUCCGCUUGUUAGCAUGCAAGCCACCAACACUGUUAUUGUGAUGACUGAGGGAGAAAAGAGCUGGGUCAGAAUAGGGCAGACCAAGAUGUGGAAACUGGCCACACCAGAGGAAAUAAAGGAGACUGUACGAAAGCUUAACCUAGAUUCGAGUCAGAUGUCUAGUGCAGGAAAGACAGGGGUAGCUUUUGCAGUCAUGGGUAUGGUGGUGCUGGUGGUUGUAGGAGCAGUACUGCUGCUAAAGAGAAGGAGGCGGCUGUCUGGGUUUAGGACAGCUAGAGGGUAUGAAGAAAUACACGGAGAGGUUGAGUGUACUGAAGGGGAGAGGGAGGAAGACAGGGAGACAGAGCAGAUUGAGGCUUGAAAUAUACGCAAGGCAUUGACACUCAAAGGUAGAAGUAUCUGGUGUCACAGAUUUUGUUUUUAACUUUCUUGUUGAUUUUACACAUCACCCCAGAAAUCACUGUUAUGUAUCUUCUAUUUUUUUUUAAAUGUUUAUGUAGUCAAACUUCUAAUGAGUUGUACUUUGCAUUUAUUAUUUUUUCUUGUGAAAUGUUUAUGUAACCAGUCAGCUAUUCACAUUUAAGAAUUGCUAGGGGCAGUAAAUUUAACAGUUUUGGAGAAACAAUUAAUUCUAGAAUUUCUCCUGAUAGCAUAGUGUGUGUGUGAUAGCAAUGUUUAGCAUAAGUAUGCAACAACACGUCAUGAUUCCAGAGCAAUCUCCCACUGAAAUCAGCAAAUGCAACAGGGAAAGGCAAAGAGCUUGUUUCCAAAGGCCACAGUGUAUAAAUACUGCCCCCUUGAGGCCAAAACUCACAACAGCAUGUAACAUUUUUUACUUUGCAUUUAAUUACUUGAAUCCUUUAUGGGAUGUUGAUUGAAUGUAGCAUUGAUAAAACCGUUUUACAGUGUACAUUUAUAUAAACAGAAGCAUAAUGAUUUUUUUGUCUUGUACUUUGCUUUUUAUAUCAUGUAUGUCAAUAUUAAGCACUUCAGUACUAAUUAAAGCAAUG